AUUUAAAUGUCCCAGAUCGUAACGCGAUGCCACACGUAUUUUAAAGGGUUUUUUCCUAAAUAAUUUUUUAAAAUAAAACAAAUUAGGAAAUUAUUAUUUUGUUAUUUAUAUUUAAAAAAGUUUUUGCUAAAUGAGUGCAACUGCAAAAAAAGUCUACCUAGACAACAAUGCAACGACGCCACUAGAUGAUGAGGUCUUGGAUGAGAUUACGUACGCGCUGAAGUAUGGCUGGGGCAACCCAAGUAGCAGCUAUCAAAAUGGAGUUCUAGCUAAGGAUAUAAUAUCCAGAUCAAGACACAGGGUAGCUGAGAUGAUAAAUUGCAAGCCUGAAGAGAUUAUUUUCACAUCUGGAGGCACGGAAAGUAACAAUCUGGUAGUACAUACUGCCAUCACUCAGUUCAACAAUCAUCAUCAACACCAUCAACAUCAUCAACAUCAUUACCAUCAUCAUCAACAACAACAACAACAACAAUCACAUCAUUGUGAACAAGAACAUCUUCAAAAAGUUGAUGAAACGAAAGAUGAAAUUGUUGAUAACGAUGAUGAUAGUGAUAUUAAGGAUAGUAAUGAAAAUAACAAUAAUAAUAAUAAUAAUAACCCAGCGAAAACCAAAAUUCCAAAAUUAUCAAAAUCAAUCUCAGACAGUCCAGCGUCCAAUCCCCACCAUCAGCAACCUCCUUCUCAUCAUCAACAUCACCAUCAUCCUAGCAGUCCAUUAAUAUCAUCAUCAAUGUCUGCGGCCACUGCGGCAGCUGCAGCAGCUGCAACACAAGAGCCAGCAGUCUUCAAAUCAUUACCAAUGCCGUUAGAACCGCCAAUAGCCAAACACCAUUUACCAGCGUUUCCUCCACCCAUCCAUCAUAGCGUUGAUGAAAAAUCCUUAAUGUAUUCAAAGAAUUUUAUUGGUGAAAGUGCAGUUCGCUGCCCCACACCCCACCUAAUUGCAUCUGAAUUAGAACAUGACUCUAUCAAACUCGUCAUGAGGCAUUAUUGUGAAAUUGGCCAGGCCAGAAUAAGUUUCAUAAAGACGUCGACGAAAGACGGUUGUGUUGAUGUUGAUGAGUUGUUCUCAAGUAUCACGGAUGAUACAUGUCUGAUAUCCAUCAUGAUGGCUAAUAACGAGACCGGUAUCAUUCAGCCAAUAGGAGAAAUCUCAGUCCGUCUUCAACCAAUCAACGAAUCGAGGACUAAACUCAAUCGACCAAUCAUCUUCUUGCAUACAGAUGCUGCCCAAGCCAUUGGCAAGGUGAAGGUCGAUGUGGAGGAGUUGAAGGUCGACUUUUUGACCAUCGUCGGCCAUAAGUUUUACGGCCCGCGUGUUGGUGCAUUGUACUCGAGGUCCUGCUUCGUCCAUCCCAUGCUUUUUGGCGGUGGUCAGGAAAAAAAUCAUAGACCCGGGACUGAAAACACGGGUAUGAUUGCCGGUUUAGGAAAGGCUUGCGAAUUAGUUUCAAGGAAGUUGACUGUGUUCAGUGAUCACAUGAAAGAAGUUAGGAAUUAUUUGGAAGAUAGAUUGGAGGAAACCUUUCCAAAUAGCAUACACUUCAAUGGCCGAAAUGACUUCAGCCAGAGAUUGCCAAACACGUGCAACGUGUCAAUAUUGAAGAACGGAUUGAAAGGUCACGUGAUUUUGUCAAAGUGCCAACACCUGGAAGCCAGUGUCGGGGCCGCUUGCCAUUCCAAUUUAGUGGACAGGCCAUCGUCAAUCCUUCUCUCUAUCGGGGUACCUGAAGACGUUGUACGCUCAGCCAUCAGGCUGAGCGUUGGAAGGCAAACUACAUUUGAAGAUGUUGAUGUCGUUGUUGGCGAUCUAAAGAGAACUAUUGAUGAUGAUGACGAUGAUGGUGGUGGUGCUUCUGGUGGUGAUGGUAAUGAUGGUGCUGGUGGCGAUAGUGUUAGAGUUGAUGAUAAUGAUCGAGGAAAGGACUUAAAAAAUUAAAAUUUCUUUAAAGUUGCACUCUAGUUGCGUUUGAAUAAGUUACGCGGUGUAUGUUUUGCCUUUCAAUAAGUUCAAUUUUUUUUUUUGGUAAAAGUACUUUUUAUUCUGACUGAAAACGU